AUUAUUCUUAUCCUUAUUUCAGUUUUAAUAUCGAAAAAAAAUUUCUUUUUAAUUGUUAUUUUUUUUUUUAAAAAAAAAAAAAAUAAAACAAAUAAAAUAAAUUAUGAAAAAAUACCUAACGUAAUCCGCACGCAAUCGCAGUAAUUUGAUAUAAGGCUGAAUUUGGAAUUGCUAAUCAACGCACCUGACGUCCUGACGUCCUGACGCACAGACACUUUCCAAUAUAAAGAUAUACAGUAUGUAGAUCACUAGAUAAAUAUAUAAAAUCAGGCCCGAUAUCAAGAUAUUAUUAUGAUUUUAUUGAGGAUCAUCACAUAAAUAAAUAAGAUUUCCACACUGUGUAACUGCAGAAACAGGAAAUUUUUUUCUUUUUUUCCCCUCUCAAAAAAAAAGAAGAAAAAGAAAAAAAUCAAUUAUAAUGGAUGAGGACAAUUUUUUACCAAAAUUAUCACAAAAUUUACUCAAAAUUUUGGAUAAUGAUGAUGAUGAAUAUUAUGAUAUUACUAUUGAAGUUGGUAAUGACCCUUACGUAAAAGUAUUCCGUGCUCACAUGGUCAUCUUAAAUUAUCGUUCUGAUUAUUUACGAAGAAUUUUGUCAACAAAUAAAAAGAAAAAUGAUGAAACUUUGGUACAUAUUAAAUUACCAAAUAUCUCACCUGAAAUUUUUCAAAUAAUUUUAAGAUAUAUUUACGGAGGGAAACUUUCUUUGAAGGAAUGUGACACUUCAGAUAUUAUUAAAAUCUUGAUCUCCGCUAAUGAGCUUAAUCUUCAAGAAUUAGUCAGUUACUUACAACUUUAUAUAAUUAAAAAUAAUGAAAAUUGGAUGGAAGAAAAUUUUAAUCUCGUAUAUCAAACAAGUUUUGAAAAUAAUUCUUUCUUGGAACUUCAAAAUUAUUGCGUAGACUUAAUUUCAAAAGGACCAGAUAAGAUUCUUAAAUCAAUGAAUUUCUCUUCAAUUCCGGAAAAACUUUUAAUUUCAAUUGUUCAAAAUAAUAAUUUUCAAAUGAGCGAAAUUCAAGUUUGGAAAUAUGUGAUUAAAUGGGGACUUGCGCAGAAUCCUGAACUUCCUACUGAUCCUGCAAUCUUUUCAAAAGAAGAUUUCAAUGUAUUAAAGAAUACUUUACAACAACUCAUUCCUUUUAUUAAAUUUAGUAAUAUAAGUUCUAGAGAAUUUUCUGAAGAAGUAUUACCUUAUAAGAAAAUUUUACCAAAGGAAUUUUACAAGGAUUUAUUGAAAAAAUUUUUAAAUUUACAUCCUGAUAGUAAACCAUCCGACGACUUGAAAAGUAUUGAUCAUCCUGAUGGCAAACUAACUGAUAACUUGAAAAGUAUUGAUCAUCCUGAUAGCAAACUAACUGACAACUUGAAAAGUAUUGAUCAUCCUGAUACAAACUAACUGACAACUUGAAAAGUAUUGAUCAUCCUGAUAGCAAACUAACUGAUAACUUGAAAAGUAUUGAUCAUUCUGAUAGCAAACUAACUGAUAACUUGAAAAAUAUUGAUUCAAAAAUUAUUACGGUUCAACAUGCUGAAUUAAUUUCAAAAUGGAUUGAUAAAUUAGAUGUGACAGAUAAGCCAAAUUCUUUAUAUGAAUUCAAAUUAAUUUUUCGUGGAUCUCGGGAUGGGUUUGCAUCUAAUGAAUUCCAUAAGAUAUGUGAUG